AUGCCUAGUGCAGACGGUAUGGCUACGGGCAGUAUGAAGAUCUGGGGAUCCCCGAACGCCAUUUCCGACAUUACUCCCGCUGCUGGUUGGACCAUUAUCGGCUGCGACAAAGAAGCAAUGGAACAAGAUAUUCGCCUCGUCUGUACAAAGGGCGGUGAUUGCGAGCACUUGCUUCAGAACGGUGCCGAAGGCAAAUUAGUCCGUCUUCCUGAGAACUGCUUGAAGACGCCGUUUGCUCGGGUGUCUAGGUCGUGGGUCCACGAGGACCAGACUCUUCCCGCUGAUGUCAGUGCGAAACUCACUCGACGCGCCGACGAGAUUCCGCAAGUUCGUGGCCUUGCGCUUGACACUAACUUCACUGCUGUCGAUCCCUCAAAGUCCGGAAACGUUUCUAUCGCUAUCCAAGGCGCAACCGUCGCUGGGGAGAAUGGCAAUGCUACUAUCACGCCUCCAGCUCCCAAUCCUCCCGGCCGUCGUAGAAGCGAGGCCGUCCACCGUAGAGCUUUAUUGUCAUUUAUUGAGGAUGCCUUUAAGAACUUCAAUAGCUUCAGCAGCGACAAGACCAUUCAACUCCCUCCCCUGAAGGUCCCGAAGAAGUCCGUCACCAUCUUCGACGAGAAGAUCACCUGCGGGAAAGUACAAGGCUCCAUCAAGGCGGAUGCCAGUUUGCAGGCAGAUGCCUUAGUCACCGUUGGUAUCGCUGCGACUGGGACUAUCAUUCCUCCCAAGUUUGAUGCUUUCGGCAUCUUCGCUCAAAUGAACGGAGAAAUCGACGGCACUCUUUCCCUAGAUGGAUCUGUAUCUGUAUGUUUGCUCGAUCUUACCAAGAUCAUCGUUGCACCCGUCGGUAUUCCUGGACUCAACUUCCCGGGCAUCCUUACCGUCGGUCCCAGCUUCAAGGUCAUCGCAGAGGGCAAAGCCAACAUGGAGCUCGGCAUGAAGCUUGACCUUCCAUUCAACUACAAGAUGAACAAUGUCAAGUUGUUCUUCCCGCCGUCAGCAGCCCAAAAAUCUGUUGGUCCUAUUGAACCCGCGCAGUCCCCUCUCACUCUUUCGGCUGAUGUUACCGUCGCUGGCAAAGUCGAUCUCGAAGCCCAUAUGAUCCCCCAGCUCGAUAUUGGCGUCACUGCUCUCGGAGGUACCGCCAAAGCCACGAUCUUCCUCAACCUCGAUGCCAGUGCCGAAGUAGCAAUGAAACUCAACGGAAACGCAAAGGCCACUGUCACUACCGCCAAACCCAAGCGCGCCGAAAUCAACAAGCUUGCCGCGAGGCAAACGGUCUCAGCAGCGAGCGCCAGGAUCGAGGGGUGCGUUGAUAUCAACGCAGGCUUGAGCGUCGACGCCGGUGUCGAUGCCAACUUCUUCGGCCUCUUCGACCCCACCACGAAGCUUAACAUCUUCUCGAAACGCUUCGAACUUUUCAGCAAAUGCUUCGGUGCUGCCACAAAGCGGGAAUUCUCUGAAGUCCCCAAGUAUCUCCACAAGCGUGCCCUUACCUGCACACGCACAUCUGAUCCUGCUUCCAUCGUUUCGGUCGUGAAGGAAAUCGCUGCCCAAAUCAAGGCGAAGGCUGGCUCUGCACCACCCGCCACGAUUGCAUGA